UAGAUAAUUAUCUUAAUAGUACCAAGCUUCCCAAUUUCUCUUGCUUCAAGCGAUGAAAGAUCAGAACACUACUGCCCCACAAGUAGACAUCCAGCAACCUCAGCGGACAAGCAUUGAGCAUUCUCUCACCCAUACAACCACUACCUCAUCCAACUCUUCCUCCAGCCUUCCAGAAAGGCCUACCACUUCAACUCAGUCUCAAACAAAAUCCAACCGACUCUCCGUAACAGCAGGAAGACUCUUCGCUUCCCGCUCUCGCUCUCGGUCCAAAUCCCCCGCUCCCAGCGACAUCCCAACCACCACACGCACGCGUCGCUCUGACUCAGAGAGCACUUACAUCCUCAAGCGCGACAAAAUGGCUCGCAUCAGCGUUCCUCGUCGCUCUGAAAGCCCCACCCAAAUGUCUCCUCCCGCCUCCCCAUCAUCCAUCAAGGAGACCCACUUCACCAAGCGCAGAUCUGAUUCCUACCACUCCCGCAAAUCCAGUGACGACUACCGCCGCUACAGCGGAACCGUGAACCACUACGGCCGUCACUCGAACGACUGGUUGUUUGGAGGAUUCAGUCUCCGCGACACCGUCCGCGGCGGUGUUGACCGCCUGCGCCAGCGUGAUGACAAAAGAUGAAUGAAGAAGUGGAUCCGUCGUUUUUAACGGAUUGUUCUCUCAACUUCCUUUUCCUCUAUACCGCUAUUCAAGUCUGGUAUAUAUGGUUAUUUUAACCAUGACUGUCAUUAUCUGAGGAUUAUGGCUGUGGCUACGGGCUACUCUACCGACGUAUGUCGGUCUCGGAUUACCUCUUCCACUUCCGAGUGAGAUUAGAUCAGAUUAGACCACUGGUAUCGAUCGGAGGAAAUGGUCUUAACCCCUCAGGGGUAGACUAUAUUGUCACCUAGCUCUUGGACUGUCUUCGGCUUCUUGUGGAGGAAUUGUGUUCACCGUUAUGGGAAUACCUUGCAUCACCUACCUGUCUUUCGCCAGGGUCGGUUUCGGCGGCUUUCAGUGAAUGAGUGGGUCUUUGUCCGGCUAUGUAAGCAUCUGGUGGAUGAUUCAUUUGUUUUCUUCACUUGCUCGGUUGUACCGAGAGAUGCUUUGUUUAUGAGUUAUGUUAUGAUUUUUCUGCGACUUGCGAGUCAAGUUGUCGAUAUUUUCUCUUUUGUUGAUAGACCGAAAUGGGUCUUAUAUUUUGCUUGGCCAUCUCGGCUACUGACUUAUAACCAUAUAAUAUACGAUUGACGGAAAUAA